UUGGGUGGUAUUGGUGUCAGUACCUGAACUCAGUAACCCAUAUUAAUACAAUCGUUUUAAUCAAAAUAAAAGAUAAAUAAAUCUAAAUGUAUUCGUCGAUAAAUUACGUCAAGAAAGAGAAAAUUCUGUACAGCAGGUAAUAAGCCCUCACACUUCCCACCACCAGUAAACUGGAAGCCAGAAUAACAAAUCCAAGGUACAGUAGGGGAGAAGUUUGCUCUGUAGACUGUUUCAGAAGGUCCCACAACCCAACAGCGAUGCAGCUGAAGCCAACUAGAGUCCCAGAGAAAGCGAAUGCCAGCAUGCAGGACCCCCAGGACAUCUCAGCACCCCCAGUCACCGAAGUGAUGCCCGCCAAUGAGACGACCCCUCCUGAAUUAUCCCGGUCAUCCUUGGUAGGAGUGUGUUUUCCUCAGCCCUCCUUAUCCGUCACUGUCUUACUGUCCAGAUUCAAUUCUCCAGCCCUUGCUUGUCCUCACAGCACACAGGUUUCUCUCUGGCACACACACAGGAAAGCAGCAAAAGUCAAGUUGGUGAACACGCAUCUUGGUCAAAGGAGAAGAGCAGGUGGCACAGCAGAAGAAAAAAAACUCAGGUGGCAAAUAUUUGCCGGUGAGUUUUCCAGAACUGACGUACAGCUAAGACACUUAAAGAAACUACAAUGGGGAAUUCCACCAGUAGCGCACUAUCAAAGGAGAUCCUGGAGGACCUGAAGCUCAGCACCAAAUUCACUGAAAACGAGAUUGGCCAGUGGUAUGAAAACUUCCAGAAGCAGUGCCCGACAGGCCGCAUUACACCUGAAGAGUUUGAGCAGAUUUACACACGCUUCUUCCCGGACAGCGAUGCCAAGAGCUAUGCACGACAUGUGUUUCGCUCCUUCGACACCAACGACGAUGGUACGUUGGACUUCAAAGAGUACAUCAUUGCACUGCACAUGACCUCCACUGGAAAGACAACCCGAAAACUGGAGUGGGCCUUUUCGCUGUUUGAUGUCGACAAGAACGGAUACAUCAACAAGACAGAAGUGACAGAGAUCUGCCAGGCCAUAUUUAAGCUGAUCCCCAAGGAGGAGCAGUGCAAACUACCAGAGGAUGAGAACACACCCGAGAAGAGAGCCAGCAAGCUGUGGUCUUACUUCGAAAAGAAAGACAACGAGCGACUGGCUGAAGGAGAGUUCAUCAAAGGAGUGAUUGAAAAUGAGAAUGCGAUGCGACUCAUCCACUACGAACCAGCCAAACAAUAAAGUCAAUCCUAUUUUAUCCCCCGCUCCUUUUCUCUCUCUCUCUCUCGUUAGACUCUUUUCUUUCUUUAACCAGCUGUUUAUUUCUUCACUCUAUUCCUUCUAAUCCAUUCACCCCCUCUGUGUAAAUACUCCUUCCUGCAAUGUCUUGGUCACAACUAAUGUUUCAGUAAGUUUGGUUCAUGUCAUGUUAUUGUUUAUCUAAUGUCUGUCAAUGAAUUUAUAUCAAAUAGGCGCCAAAAGGGGCUAACUUUGGCAUAGUGUUUAAACGUGUCAAACAAGAAGAGUAAUGGUGAUUAUAUUGAGGCAAUAUAUAUAAUAUAUGUAUCAGGAGCUUGUAUGAUAAAUAUUGUCUUAUUACUAACUACCUUUGGAAUUUUCAAAAUGAAACCUGGGAUUGGAAGAAAUGCAUCACAAUUGGCUUCAACAGUUAGAGAUUUCCUUUCUUAGAUUUCCUUAGAUUCCUCCUCUAGAGUUUGUAGCUCUCAAGUGUUAAACUUUAUUCACUUGACAAUAAAUUAAAGGAUUUCUCAUACA